UAAUGGUUGGAGACCCCAAAAUAUGGAGAGUAAUGGAGCAGGUAAAUGGUCUGGGACUUCAAGACCUUUACGGCUUUACCAAUACCAAGCCAAAAUGAGUCUCAGUCUCAGAAUUGCAAAAAAGAAAAACUCAUACCCUAAAAUUAAUAAAAUAAAAUAAAAAAGAAAAAGUUUUCAGAACCCUCUUUCAGUCUCCAAAGCUUGCUUCUUUCUUUGCUUCUGGAGACUUCUUUUACCGGCCACCUAGCGUUGUUCCUCAGCCAGUGAAAUCACCAUAAGUGUGCUGCAAAUUUUUAGCAUGAAUGGAAACCUUUGGUGGGCCUAAGUUUGCUGUUAUUGGUAGCACUGUGAAAAAGAAGAGGAGUAGUGUAUCUCGCAGACCUCACCCUGACUCACAGGCAUUUCAACAGAAAUUUUAUCUUUUACCUUCAUUUGCACAACCAUCUAGCAGUGGAAGACACAAUGAAUAUAAGAAUUCUGGAGAUACAAUAAUUGCUUCUGAUAAAUUAGGAACUGAAAACAAGCUGAAGAGACUAAAGCUCAAAGUUGGUGGUGUUACUCGUACAAUUCACAGCAAGUCUAGCAACGACUUUAUUGGUGAUUCUUCCAUCACAAAAAUUUCUCACAGUUCUGAUGGCCAUAAGCCCCUCCAGAAGUUUCUUCCACAGGAUGAUUUAGAUAGUAAUCGUGUCUAUCCUUCGGACAAGGGGAAUAACCUUAAAGUCAAGUGGAAGGACUUUUCCAAUACUGGUUCUAGUUUUGGAGAGGAAUAUAAUUCAAGGGGAAGGACAUCUGAGGGAAGUCUUUCUGUGAUUUAUGAGCCUGUUCGUAAGAGUAAGCGGGUUCCUAAAAGACGUGUCUUGGAUUUAGGAGUUGAUGAUAAUGACGAUGAUGAGGAAAUCCAAUAUCUUGGGCGACUGAGUGCUUCAAGAAUUUCUGAAGAUUAUGAAGAUGAGGAGAGUGGUCAAUUGGCUGAUGGCAUGUAUGGUGAUGAUGUGGAAUAUUAUGGAUCACCAAGAUCAGUAAAAGAUGGCAGAAAAAGGUCUAGAUUAGAAAAGGUAUAUAAGGAUAAAGAUUAUGUGGAAGAAGAUAAAGACAAAAGCUUGGAUGAUGAACUUGAAUAUAAAGCAAAAAAGUCAAAAAGGGAAACCCUUGAUUUAUUUCUUGAAGGAAGAAAUGUAUCAAUUCCCACUACACGUAACCGUGCACUUCAAUCUGGCAAAGAUGUAUUUGGAUCCGAUGUGGGUCUUACUGACCUCCCAAAUGGUGCUUCAUCUAAAAGGAAAAAGGAGAAACUCUCUGAAGUAGAACAGCAAUUGAAGAGAUCUGAGGCUGCACAGAGGCGUAAAAUGCAAUCGGAGAGGGCUGCAAGGGAGGCCGAGGCUGAGGCAAUUAGAAAAAUACUUGGGCAAGAUUCUGGUAGAAAAAAGAAGGAAGAGAAGAUGAAAAGGCAGCGAGAUGAAUUAGCACAGGAAAGGGCUGCCAGCACUGUAUCACUUGCAUCAAACACUGUCAGAUGGGUCAUUGGUCCUACUGGGACAAUUGUUACAUUUUCUGAAGAUAUUGGUCUGCCAAGUAUAUUUGAUCCUGUGCCCUGCAGUUAUCCUCCCCCACGAGAAAAAUGUGCAGCUCCAAAUUGCACAAAUUCAUACAAGUAUCGGGAUUCCAAGUCAAAGCUUCCCCUCUGCAGUCUCCACUGUUACAGGGCAAUACACCAAAAGAUGCAACCUCUAAUUGCCUGCUAAUGUCGUUCUUUUUCUUAAUUUAUCACUUUGUUGUUUGUCGGGUGAAGGUUGGAUUAGGCAGGUGAAAUUCAUCAUUUAGAAGUGAUACACUCUGAAUAUAGUCUACCAAAGUAUUUUUUGAGAACUAAUUUUUAUGGGGAAGGAAGGGCAUUAAUGUAAAUAAAAACUAGUUAAAACUUUGGAUAUGAAUAUUGAUGAAGCUCGUACAAAAGUUAUAUCUUGGAAAUCCUGCAUAUGUGGAUGAU